AUGUCUUUGAUCAGCCCGAUCAGCAGUGAGACUGGCCUCCGGAACUUCCAGCGCGAUACGGUCGAGAACGCGGUUCAAAAGCUGGUUGGCGAGGCAAAUAGCAACACGCGACUCCGAAACGAAGCCCUAUCCGACCCUAUGGAGCAAAUGUCCAUCGAGUGGGAUGGUGCCGACUCUGCGGAAAUAACCUCGAGACUACCGAGCCGCAAGCCCCGACGAAGAGCUAGAGGCAAGGGCAAUCGGGCAGAUCAGUUCUGCAUAUACCGCACCUCCGACGGCCGAAACCUUCCGGCCCUGGCGAUUGAGUACAAGGCACCGCAUAAGUUGCGACGCGACGAGGUCGUCACCGGUUUAGAGUCCGAGAUUAGACCGGAACGUGACGUAAUAGGUAAGGACGGUGAGGUGUUUGCGUUUGCAUCGAGAUCGCUCGUUGCCGCUAUUGGGACCCAGCUCUUCUCGUACAUCAUCGGCAAAGGCAUCCAGUAUGGAUAUGUGUGCACAGGAGAGGCAUUCGUCUUCCUACAUAUUCCUGAUGAUCCUACCAUCGUAUAUUCUUCUGUGCGCGUGCCUAACCUAGGCGUUCUUGAUGACGACGACGAGAACAGGCUCCAUGGCACAGCUGUUGCGCAGGUCUUUGCGUUCAUCCUUCAGGCCCUGCGUGCUGAGCCGCCUUCACUUUCCUGGCACGAUACUGCCGCGGGUUUCGACACCUGGGCUGUAGAGUACGACGACGUGCUAAGAAACAUACCCGAAACAGUGCGUAAGGGUAAGGAAGCGCGCGCCCCUCCGUACAAGCCCCAACGCUGGCGAGGGUUCAAGCGCUCGCCGAUUCAGACACGGUCUCGGUGCAAGCGAUUCGACAGCAACUCAGAGCAGCGAGAUGAUAGCGGUGACGAUGAAGAAGGGACACCUCCUUCACGCACGCCGACACGAUCGGUUCUCAGUGGCGGAAGGGCUCUCACGAAGUCGAGUGCGGACUCGGCCGGUAUACAGGCCCAGGAAAACCGUCUUUCUAGCCAAGGGAAGCAAAUAAACAUAAAGGAUCGUCAGUUCUGUACGCCGCAAUGUCUACUCGGAUUAGUGAACGGCUGGCUCCCGGACGAACACUGCCAGAAUUUCCAGGAUCACGGACAUCAGCACCUAAACCGACUGGAUUUCCUCCGACUCAUCCGUAUUCAACUAGCCAAAGACCGUGGUUAUGAUGCUGACGUCGUACCACUUCACCUGUCCGGCUCAACCGGCUCACUUUUUAAGGUUAGGAUGUCCUCCUAUGGCUACACUUUCGUCGCUAAAGGCGUUGAGACACUCGAUCUGGCUCGCCUUCGCCAUGAGAAUGAGGUGUACGAUCGACUCCGCUCGAUUCAGGGAAAACAUGUUCCCGUCUGCCUGGGACGGACAGAUUUAACCCUGCCGUUGUACUACGACAGUGGCGUAUACAAGCAUGUCUUAUUUCUCAGUUGGGCCGGAACGCCUCUGUUUGACCCCACCAAUCAAGCAACCAAAGCCGACACUGAUGCAGUCACCCAGGCGUAUAAGAACUUACAUAGGUUAGGUGUUCUUCAUGGCGACGCAAAGCUACGCAACGUGUUACGCAAUCACAGUACAGCGGGUGGAGGUAUUGUGGUGGUGGACUUUGAGCGCGCGGAUUUCAGCCGCCGCUCACCUCUCGGUUUGCUCAGUUCGAACUGUCGAAACAAGAAGAGGAAGUAG